CGCCUCUGUCACUGUGUUGAGACAAGUAAACUUGACCUGUUUUGUGACAUCAUAUUUUGUGGCAUGCCCAGGCUGCAUCAAGCUCCCUCCAGCGGCUGACAUGCUGGACGACAUCAAGUAUAAGCAGGAAACCAUGGCUGACAGGUAUGUGAGUAGUCAGAGACACACCAUCCAGGUGGACUACAUGAACUACAUGGAUGAGAUCGCGACGCCUGUGGGUGUGCGGCCCAAAAUCCUCCGGGUUCUGUUGACCGACCCGAGGCUUGGCCUCAGCUUGCUCUUCGGCCCCAUCACCCCGUACCAGUACCGUCUGCGCGGGCCCGGCAAAUGGACCGGAGCCCGUCAGGCCAUACUGACACAGUGGGACCGGGUGGCCCUGCCCAUGCAGACCCGACCAUGUGACCAAGCUAAAGCCAAAUGCUCUCUGAAGUGGCUACUUGUUGUGUUGUCCACCAUGGGCGUGGCUGUGUAUGUGAACAGAAGCAACCUGGGUGCUUUACUACAAAACCCCGACACGCUUUUGGACAGGGUCAAGAUGUGCCUGACCACACUGGGACACUGAAAUAAAUAUAAGUGGUGAUACACAUUUAAAUCAUAUAAUUAAUUCACUUGGUGAAAAGGAGAUACAAACUGAAAUAUCACGUUUGGUGAAACCAUUUUUUGUAGGACUGAAAUUAUAUCCACACUGCGU